GUGUCUUUGUCUUCUAAUGAUACUUUAAGCAACUGAAACAGCUACCCAUGGCAGCCCAGGCUCCAAUGCCAGUAUCGGCAGACAAGCAAGAAUUUGAGGCCAAUUUCUCACAAAAAUGAAAAUGGUUUGAGUUGCUUUGCUUUUUCAUAUCUUUGUUCUUCUAGAAUAUUAUUUUAUGUAUAUGGGUGUUUUGUCUGUAUGUAUAUCUGUGAGCCAUGGGCAUGCCUGAUACUCACAGAGACCAGAAGAGGGUAUCAGAUCCUUUGGAACUGGAUUAUAGAUGGUCGUGAGCCACCAUGUGGAUACUGGAAACUUCAAACAGGUCUCCUGGGCACUUCCAACGUGGCCAUGGCGGCUAACAUGACCACGAACCUGUCUCAACUCCUGCCACUAGAGCUUGUGGACAAAUGUAUAGGAUCAAGAAUUCACAUUGUGAUGAAGAGUGAUAAAGAAAUCGUUGGUACACUUCUAGGAUUUGAUGACUUUGUCAAUAUGGUGUUGGAAGAUGUCACAGAAUUUGAAAUUACACCAGAAGGAAGACGAAUUACAAAAUUAGAUCAAAUUCUACUAAACGGAAAUAAUAUAACAAUGCUGGUUCCUGGAGGAGAAGGGCCUGAAGUAUGAGUGGAUUUCCUUGACUUAUACUAGAUUCUGCCUUUUUUGUUUUUCAAACCUUUAAUGUUUAGAUUCUAUAAAAUGAAGUUUCUCUUAAAGGGAAACACUUUGAAUAUACAUCCAUUUUUCUAAGCUAAUC